AACUCCAACUUGUUUCCAUAGGACCGUUGACUAAUGUUGCCAUGGCAAUCCGGCUGGAUUCGGCGUUUGGCUCCCGUUUGAAAUCAUGUCACAUCAUGGGUGGAAAUUACCAAGGUAGAGGGAACAUAACAAUGGCGGCAGAGUUCAACUUCUAUGCAGACCCGGAAGCAGCCUUCGUGGUUCUUGGUCAGCUAUGUUGUCCGAUGACGGUGAUGCCGUGGGAAACUUGCCUGGAACAUGCCAUCUCAUGGGAAACGCAUACCAACACGCGAUCACAUGAUACCGAAAAGGCCAGAUUUAUUAAGUCCGUGGAUGAGUGGAGCGUCAACUACGUUAAACCAAAGAACGCGCCAAACUUUGUCCCGGCCGACGAGGCGUGCAUGGCAUGUUUUCUUUCAGAUGACGUCAUCAAAAGCAGUGUACACGUUUACGCAACCGUGGAAACUAAAGGUCACUACACAAGUGGUCAAAUGGUUGUUGACUGGAGAAAGAGAGAUGUUAACGAUCCCUUAUACAAAAAGCCAAAUGUAACCAUCGUCACCGGUCUGCACCAGAGUCUGUACGAACAGUUGAUGGAUAGAGCUCUCUCUUGUUAAAAUCAAAACGUGUCAGCAGUCGAGACUUGAGCAAAAACACAUUUUUAUUAAAACAGAAAAAAAGGCUUACUUCCGGUAUAUUUGGAGCGUAACGUGGGAGUUUUAAUAUAACUUAUGAUUGUAAGUCUUUUGCUGUCAUCUUGUGGAAAUUUACUAUGCUUCAUUGCCA